GCCGAUCGUGGCGCAACGGAGCACGCGGCGACGAGUGGCGUGUGAAGUACCUGGAGUCGUGUGUAUCGUACGACGAGAAAGAGAGAGAAAGAGAGAUUUUGACACCUGCCUCGAGGGAAUCGACAAGGACUGUGCGACCAGCGGCCAUGGAGAAGCCACCGUACAAGCUGAGCAGCGUGCUGCUCGGUCACAGCGCGGACGUGAGAGCGGUGGCCACCUUCCUCGACGGCACCGUCGUGUCGGCCUCCCGGGACAAAACGACGCGUGUGUGGAAACCGACCGGGGAGGGCAACGAGUAUGAGACAAGCGCGACAUUAACAGGCCACUCCAACUACGUCAGCUCGGUGUGCGUUAUAAAUCCAUCGGAGAGGGAUCCCAAGGGUUACAUUAUCACUGGCAGCAAUGACAACACCAUAUGCGUUUACGUGGCAGGCGAGACGACGCCCGCGCACACGUUAACGGCGCACCAGAACAAUGUGUGCAAGUUGGCGACCGGUAAGAGGGAAGGCACGUUUCUCUCGAGCUCCUGGGACCUCACUGCCAAAUUGUGGGACAUGCGGGACCUCAGUAAGCCACAGCUGAACCUCACCGGUCACACUGCCGCAGUGUGGUGCGUGGCUGAUCUGGCGAGUGGCAGUAUAGUGAGCGGAUCGGCUGAUAAGCUGGUGAUAGUGUGGUCAAGGGACGGCGCGGUACAGCAUAAGUUGACAGGGCAUACCGAAUGCGUGCGCGACAUAGUCGACAUUAAGGAAGACGAGUUCUUGACCUGUGCCAACGAUGCCAGCAUAAGACACUGGAACGCCAAACUCGGGACCUGCUUGGGCACGUAUUGCGGCCACGAGAAUUACAUCUACAGCAUAGCGGCCGUCCCGAACGGCACGUACGUCUACUCGUCCGGAGAGGACAGGACGAUUAGAGUGUGGUACAACGCGGAAUUGAAACAGACUAUCGUUCUACCGACGCAAUCGAUAUGGUGCAUCAAUUUGUUCGCGAACGGCGACAUAGUCGUCGGCAGUUCCGACGGAGCCGUCAGGAUAUUCUCGUCCGAUACCGAGCGUUACGCAAAUGCGGAAACAUUAGAAGCGUUUGAGAAAGAAGUGGCGAAUACAACUCUGAAUGCACAGCAGGUAAUUGGGGACAUCAAUAUAAAGGAUUUGCCAGAUUCAAAGGUACUUCUGCAGCCUGGUCAAAGAGAUGGCCAAACGAAAAUAGUGAACGAGGGGAACACAGUUAGAGCGUACAGUUGGUCGCAAAGUGAGCAACGAUGGAUAAAAAUUGGCGACGUGAUGGGUGCGUCCGGAGGUACCGCCGCCACCUCCGGAAAACAGCUUUAUAACGGCAUAGAAUACGAUUACGUUUUUUCAGUCGACAUCCAGGAUGGUGUGCCACCUUUGAAACUUCCAUAUAAUAAAGGUCAAGAUCCCUGGCAUGUUGCACAGAAGUUCCUUCAUGACAAUAAUCUGAGUCAAUUAUUUUUAGACCAGGUUGCAAAUUUCAUAGUAAAGAAUUCUGAGCCAGCGCCAGUUUUGAAUACCGCCUCACAAUAUGUAGAUCCUUUUACAGGAGGCAGUCGAUAUGUUCCUGGAUCAGGAACAUCGUCUAGCACGCCCGAAGUUAAUGCACAAUCGUUUAGUUCAACAUUCAGUUCUUCCAACACACACGCGUCUCCCUCCUAUAUACCUCACUUGAAGUAUUUAAAGUUAGAGCAAGCAAAUUUAUCUGCUAUUUUCGAAAAAUUAAACGAGUUAAAUGCUAAACAAGAGAGUAUGUAUAAAGUACCAGAGGAGAAGCUGAAUGCAAUAGAAAAAGUUAUGAAUAAUCAAGUGUCUGAAGAAGUUAAAACCAGUGCUAUCAGCGCACUUAAGAGCCUUCUAGAUUGGCCGGACAAUAUGGUGUUUCCAGCUCUUGAUAUAGCGAGACUCGCUGUGCUUCACAAGGAAGUAAACGAUCAACUGUGUACGGAAGAAUUGCUACCGAUCAUACGAAGACACAUCAAAUCCGAAAACGUAACUUCGCCAAAUCAAAUGCUCACCUUCCGUCUGAUAGCCAAUAUGUUCCAGCACGAAAAUGGAGAACAACUCGGUUUAGACUAUAGGGAUGAGAUACUCGGAUCUCUACUAGAUUUAAAGCCUCUUGGGAAUAAAAAUAAUCAGGUUGCAAUAUCAACAUACACAUUGAAUCUAAUCAUAGCGCUAAAUAAAUAUAAUGAUACCCCUGGUAGGACAAAAGUUCUAAAUGUACUAUUUGCCAUAUUGCCUCGUUUGAAUGAACCCGAAGCAAUAUUUAGAACUUUAGUUGGAUUAGGAACAUUAUUGUCCGCUACAUCAGAUCCUAAUGAUCGUAAUGAAUUAAUUAGUGCUGUGCGACAAUCUGAAACUGCUUUGAAUAUUCUUACAACUUUAUCGGAAAGCACAAUCGACCUCAGUAUAUCAAGCAAAGUAAUAAACUGUUCCAAGCAGAUUAUCGAUUUGAUUACAUAAUGCGUUUAAACAUGCUGCUCGUAAGAUUAUGAAAAUAAGUUAAUUAAAUAAAAAAAAGAUUGAAAAUAUUAUAACUGUAAUUAAUUAUGGCAAUGGUAUUAAUUGUCGCAAACAUGAAAUAAGAAAGAUUUUGUGGUGCACUAAAAUAAUUUUGAUGAAUGCGAUUAAAAAUUUAAGAUAAAGUAACUUUGCACGUACAUCCAUGUUUUACAGCUCAGUUGCUCAAUUGUAAAAAAUAAAUACAUUUUUAAUACAAUU